CUGUGUGCGAGCGAUUUCGUGAUUCAUCGACCUAAAAGGAGACAACGCGAGAGAGGCAGAGUUUAUUGGGUUCGAACCAUCGGCCUUGCUACUAUUCUCGAAAUCGAUUCUUUGCAUCACCCAGGUACUUUCUCCGUCAUCAGCCGCCACAAGGAUCAGUGUUAUGUGUCUCCACGCUCGAUUCAAUUCGAUAGGGGUCGGUUCAGAUUUCGUUUUGCUGGGGUUGAAAGUCUCUGUCUUUGGAAUCCAAUUCGAUAAUGGCCGCUUUUUUUUUGGCUAAUGGUCUGCAAAACAUAUGGCCCUUUUCAAUUCUUGAAAGCAGUGACCUCAAGGAAUCUAAGAAGAUUGUUCACAGUCUUUCACUGCCAGAGAGUACAAAGAACUUUGUGUUUGCUAUUAGAGUCCCUGAGCAUGAUUCCACUAUCUACAUACUUUCUUCUCAGAGUUUAUCCGAGAGAUCUGCUACUGAUGCCGAGUUUCUUAUACGCGAAAUCCGUCCUGGUGCUGUAGUGGCUCAAGUGAACAAAUCUGCUUUUGGGGAAGCUCAGGUUGAGGAGAUUGUAUUAGGAGAUGGCUCAAGUGAUUCAAUCCCUACAUCAGCUUUUAAAGUUCUUAUACAGUGUUUUGUUGACAAGGUUAACAAAGAAAAGUAUGAAAGCGUUGCAGGGAUCUUGGUUUUGAAGGAGAUUUUUGGGACAAGUUUUAAUGGUCAUUUAUUGGCUGCCAAAAGGGUUGCUGGGGAGGUUGGUUCAUCGUUUCUGGUUCUCGAAUCUCCUUUUGUCACUAUCGGUGCCGUGGAAGCCUCCCCUGGAGAAAUUGAGACAGGAGGCAAGAUGCAAGGUUUAGCUAAUAGUCUCAUACCACAACAUUUUGGCUCUGCUAUAUUUUCAAGCUCGCGAAGGUUUUCGAUAGCCAAUGAUGUACAAGCACGGAUGCUAAAGUUGGUAUCUUUUCAGAUCAAUCAGCUCAACAAAGAACUUAGCCCAUCAAGAUGUGUUGCAAGUGGAGUUUCCAAUGAGUUACAGUCCAAUAGUCAUGAGGUUCCAGCAUUUGCUCAAUCCUUUUAUCCCUUGCUUGUUGACCUUCAUGAUAUAUUCAGUGAUCUCCCAUCUAUUGGGAAAGCUCUAGCCAAUGCCAGAAAGAUGUUAUCUGAUGUAAAUAGAGGUGAAUCUAUGACUACAGAGGUUAUUUCUGAAGUUUACCUUUUUCAGAUUGCAGUUGAAGGUCUAAGAAUUGCUUUGAACAAUGCUGGGCGACUACCAAUCAAGAACAUGGGAAGUUCAAGCCGAGGCAAAGUUCAAUUUUCACAGCUCUCUUCUGAAGACAAAUCAUACGCACUUAUGGCAGAUCUUCUUCGUAGCCAGGCUAAAAAGUUUAAGAACAUAGUAGCAGUAGUAGAUGCAAGUAGCCUUGCAGGUCUUAGGAAAAACUGGAAAACUUGUGUUCCUCAAGAAGUCAAAGAUAUGUCUGAGCAUAUGGUGCAAGAUUUUGAUAGUGACGAGAAGGCUAAUGAUUCAAAGUUAAAGCGACUAAUAUCUGAUAAACCGGUGGUAGCAGUUGGUGCCGGUGCAACUGCUAUCUGGGGUGCUUCAUCACUAACCAAGGCCAUUUCUGCUUCUCCUUUCUUCAAGAUUGUGACUUUUAAAGUACCAGUUUCAUUGAACCUAAUCUUGACACAUACCCAUAAGGCAGUGACAUUUGCAUUUACUAAAGUGGCAGCUCCAUCAAAAGUAAUGGCACCUGGUUUUGCUAGUUCUGGAGCCAAAUCAACAUCUUUGGUAAAAGCAUCUUUGUCCGCGGAGAAAAUCAGAGCGGUAACACAUAGCAUUAUAGCUUCUGUGGAAAAGACAAGUUUGUCUGCAAUGAGAACUGCAUUCUAUGAGAUUAUGCGGAAAAGACAAGCAAAACCCAUAGGCACCUUACCAUUGGCGACAUUUGGAGUCAGUCUUGUAACAUGUGCAGGAUUGUUCGCCUAUGGGGAUGGGAUCGAAUGUGCAGCUGUGUCUCUUCCCUCAGCUCCUUCGAUUGCAGACUUGGGUCGAGGGAUUCAAAACUUACAUGAGGCGUCUAUGGAAGUGAGAAUGAGAGAAGGCAACAGGAUACAGAACGCAAUCGAGUCCCUUAGACAAAGACUGAAAGUCAAGUUACAAUGAAAUGUUUCUUUUAGCUUAGUGUACAUAUAUAUUCUCUCUACAUGUUUCGUGUCCAGCUAAUGGUAUGAUUUGAACAUGAUCUCUAGAUGUUGACAGAAACUAUAAGUUGGUUUCAUUCAGGAGAGGUGGAAUCAAAAUAUUAUGAAUCA